AGACAGGAGCCUUUUUCAGGUAGCCAAUAAUAAUAACUUAAAUUUAUGAUCUCCUUGCUCUGUCUGGGGCUUUGCUAAAUGCUUUGCUUACAUUAUUUCAUUAUCUUAUUUAGUCUUAAUAAUAAUUCCCUGGUUUUCAGAUGGGAAAAGUAAUGCUCAAUACAGUUAAGUAACCUACCAAGGUCAUAAUAUAACUAGUAGGUGGCAUCAUCCCCUUUUGAAUUCAGAUUUCUCUAACUCCAAAGUCAUUCUUACCCACUUCCCUGAGCGCCAGGAUUCUCAGCGUCAAGAGACCACACUUCUCCAUAUAAUCCAGGAGCUGCUUAGGAAGGACAUUCACUUACUGCCUGGCUCUUGCGAUUUGAGGAGAGAAACUGAUCCCCUAACCUCCUUUCCAUAAAAAUGUUAAACCUGGGCCACCUGGGUGGCUCAGUCAGUUAAACGUCUGACAUCAGCUCAGGUCAUAAUCUCACAGUUUGUGAGUUCAAGCACCACAUCUGGCCACGUCUGCUGUCAGCGCAGAGCCCGCUUCAGAUUCUCCGUCCACCUCCCUCUGUCUGUCCCUCUCCUGCUCACGCUUUCUCUCUCUCAAACAUAAGUAAACAUUUAAAAAAAAAUAAAUAAAAAUGUGAAACCUAAUGGAGAAGCCUGGAAUGGAUUGAAUGCCUCACCAUUCUCCAUGUUUAUCAAUGGGCAGCCCAUCCCUCGAGUGGAAUACACAGAGGAAGAAAAGAAAACCUGGGGGACGGUGUUCAGGACCCUGAAGUCCUUGUAUAAAACUCAUGCUUGCUAUGAGCACAAUCACAUCUUCCCGCUUCUGGAAAAGUACUGUGGCUUCCGCGAAGAUAACAUUCCCCAGCUGGAAGAGGUUUCUCAAUUUCUGCAGACUUGCACUGGAUUCCGCCUCCGACCUGUGGCUGGCCUGCUUUCCUCUCGGGAUUUCUUGGGUGGCCUGGCCUUCCGAGUCUUCCACUGCACUCAAUACAUCAGACAUGGGUCCAAGCCCAUGUACACGCCUGAACCUGACAUCUGCCAUGAGCUCCUGGGACAUGUGCCCUUGUUUUCAGAUCGCAGCUUUGCCCAGUUUUCCCAGGAAAUUGGCCUUGCCUCUCUGGGUGCACCUGAUGAGUACAUUGAGAAACUGGCCACGAUUUAUUGGUUUACUGUGGAGUUUGGCCUCUGCAAACAAGGAGACUCCAUAAAGGCAUAUGGUGCUGGGCUCCUGUCAUCCUUUGGUGAAUUACAGUACUGCUUGUCGGGCGAGCCGAAGCUCCUCCCCCUGGAGCUGGAGAAGACAGCCGUCCAGGAGUACACUGUCACGGAGUUCCAGCCCCUCUAUUACGUGGCUGAGAGUUUUAAUGAUGCCAAGGAGAAAGUGAGGAAUUUUGCUGCUACAAUCCCACGGCCCUUCUCAGUUCGUUAUGAUCCAUACACCCAAAGGAUUGAGGUCUUGGACAAUACCCAGCAACUUAAGAUUUUGGCUGACUCCAUCAACAGUGAAGUUGGAAUCCUUUGUAGUGCCCUUCAGAAAAUAAAGUGAAGCCAUGGACAAAACCUGUCAACUGAGAAUCUGUUGAUGGAAAUCCAACUACUUUCAUUUCAUCUGAAAAAGUCUGAAAAGCAAACCUUAAUUUGAAUUGAGAGCCUUAAAUCCUUUUUUGGAACAAGAUGGAGCACAAACAAAUAAAUCAAACUAAGUUGAAAUGACAGUGUAUUAAGACACACCCAAAAGCCUAAUCUUUUGGGGUCCUCUUUGAUUUAAAGAUGGUAAUCCCAUACCCUCAAUUCAGUUAAAAUCAAUAGUAUGUCACAUUUCAUCAGUUAAUUAAAAUUUGGGACCUGAUUUA